AUGACGACUCGAGACUCGCUUUUGAUGUUGAAGCAGUUCGGGAACGUUUCCGCGACGGAAAGGAAACAACGGAGACGUAAAGUAUCUGAACCGUCGUCUUUGUUGAAGAAGUUGAACAGCAAGACUGUUUCUGCGCCGAACUGGAUGCGAACGGAACGAACAGACAUGCGUGUGCGAUUUGAAGCCGCGAGCGCGAAGAAUGCGGAAGCGAUGACGAGUAAUAGAGAUGAGAAGCAUUUGUACGUGUUCGUGCACGGAUUGGGCGGCUCCGAGGACGAUUUACUCGCGCUCGCGACCGAGUUGAUGACGCGAGACGAGAACAGCGUGAUAUUGAGAGUGUCGUGUAACACGCCGAUGCGAAGUUUUGACGGAGUCGUUGCCGGCGGAGAACGCAUCGUCGACGAGGUGGAAACGUUCGCGGAGGAGUACGACGAGAAGAGGAAAGGACCGCUGACGAAGAUUAGCUUCGUCGGGAAUAGCAUGGGCGGUUUAUAUUGUCGCUACGCGCUGACGAGGUUGUACGAGAGAGAGACGAAGACGAUUUUAGGGAUGGAGAUGCACACGUUCAUGACGACGGCGACGCCGCAUUUAGGCGUAGGCGAGUACGGGUACUUCGAAUUAGUCCCGGGACCGCUUCGGAUGUGGGCCGGGGAAGGCCUUGGUCAAAGCGUUAAAGAUUUAGCGUUGUUCGAUGUCGAAGGAACGGAGGAUACGAAUGAAAUGCCGCUGUUAGCUCGAAUGACAAUCGACGACGAGGAGUCUAACAUGUUUUUUAUCGAGGCGUUGAGCGCGUUUAGACGAAGAUGCGCGUUUGCAAACGCCGCGAACGAUUUCCUCGUUUCCUACGAAACCGCUUCGAUUAGACACGAAAAGUUAUCGAGAAGACAAGAAGCUGAGUGGGCGAGUUUGAACUCAGGGCCGACGGUUGUUUUCGACGGCGUCAUCAAAUUAGAAGAUCGCAAAGCGGGUGGAUUAGCGGAAGUACAACCGACCGCGCCGUUGCGCGAACGCGUGGAGAAGUUAGUCAAGAAGAACAGUCGCGUCGGUAACGAGCGAUGGACGAAGUUUAUGGAACACGGGUUGAGAUCCGCUGGGCCUUGGAGACACGUGGACGUGUCGUUCCCUGGACCGUUACCGAUCGCGCACAACAAAAUAGUCGCGUUGCAACGAAACGUCAUGACCGCAAAACUGUUCAAAGAAGGCGAAGUCAUCGUGAGAAAACAAGCGGAAUACUUGAUGAGCGACCUAGACUUGUAG